GUUCCUAAUCGCACCAGAGGAAUGCAAUCCCCACAGUGACCCAACCGCGUGGACCCCAUCAGGUGAGCUGGCUGAAAGAUGGACGGUCAGGCGUGUGAGCAAAACCUCCACCAGAAAACCCAAAGAGCCUCUAUUGGGCAGCUGGGCUGCUUCUAGAGGUAAAGAUCCCUCCAUCUUUCCAAAGAUCCCACAUAUAAUCAACAGACAGAGAUCCUUUUCUUGCUAGACGCCCAACGAAUAGCAGCUCUCUCUCUCUCUCUCUCUCAAGACGCCCAACGAAUACUUCCAUCUCUCUCUUUCUCUCUCUCUCUCUACACUGAAAUUCCUUUCAUAUAACAAAAACCCAGGAAUGAUCUCAACGGAGCCGUCCUUAAAACCGCCCCAAAUCUCUGAAAUGUUCCAAAAGUUCGCCCUCGCCUUCAAGACCAAAACCAUCGAAUUCUUUGCCGAAGAUGACACCGAAUGCGACGACGCCUUCAACAACAACCAUAACGAUCUCUCUCUCCUCGACUCCACCGACGAGAUCAUCACCGGCCAACGUGUUGUCGUAAUCAAACCCGACCACAACAAAACACCACUGCCCCUCUCCCAAAACAACAACGAUAAUCCCCAAACCCUCCAAAAUAUAACUUCUUCUCUUUUCGCCACCAUUUCCUCCUUCAAGGCUUCCUAUCUCCAUCUCCAGACCGCCCAUGCUCCCUUUGACGCCGAUGCCAUCCAGGCCGCUGAUCGUGCUGCCGUGUCUCACCUUCAACGCCUCUCUGAGAUGAAACGCUCGUAUCAAGAUUUCCUCAAAAACCCUAACCCUAGCCCUAAUUUCCCCUUUGCGUCCUGCCUCGCAGCGCAGGUUGAGGAAAAUCAGAGUCUGCUCCGUACUUUCGAUAUGGUCAUCAACCGCCUCCAGUCCGACAUCGACCGCAAGGACGGCGAAGUGUCCGCUCUGAAACAGCAGCUGGAAUCAAUUGAGGAGUCGAAUUUGAGGCUCUCGAAGAGGUUGGAGAUUUUCGACUCUGCUUCUUCUUCUGAGGUUUUGUUGUCUGUGGGUCUUUUUGAUUCGGUGUUGCAGGACGCUUGUAUGGCAGCCCACAGCUUUACCAAGACCUUGAUCGAUCUGAUGAAGAAUGCCGGGUGGGAUUUGGGUUCAGCUGCAAAUUCGGUUUAUCCCGGCAUCGAGUAUGCAAAGAGAGGGCAUAAUCGGUAUGCGUUUUUGUCCUACGUCUGCUUGGCAAUGUUUGGAGGUUUCGAUACGCCGAGUUUUGGUUUGGGAGGGAGUGAAAUUGCAGCCGAUUUGAGCAUUCCAAGAAAGAAAUUUCUGAGGGAGUUUGUAGAGCACGGUUCCGCUGAUGCCAUGGAGCUAUUAAGCAGAAACCCAGAUUGCAAUUUUGCAAGAUUUUGUGAGAUGAAGUACCAGAAUCUCAUUCACCCAAAUAUGGAAUCGUCGCUCUUCAGUAACUUGGAUGAUAAUGAGUUGGUAUUGAAUUCUUGGCGAUCUUCGAGUCCUUUCUAUGAGUCAUUUGUCAGCAUGGCUAGUGUCGUGUGGAUGCUGCACAAGUUGGCAUUCUCAUUCGAUCCAACAGUUGGGAUUUUUCAGGUGGGGAGAGGGGCUGAUUUCUCCAUGGUUUACAUGGAAAACGUUGCUCGAAGAGGGGUUUUGGUUAAUCCUGGCGGUGGUAAGGCAAGGGCGAAGGUGGGGUUUACGGUAAUUCCGGGUUUUAGAGUUGGAAAAACAGUAAUUCAGUGUCAGGUGUAUCAGAAUGCCAUGAAAUCUAUAGAAUAGUUCCUUGAAAUUUGACGGCAUGUAAGAAAAUGCUACUUGCUUUCUGUAUACUAGUAUGAGCUGCUUGUGCAACGUUUACACAUCUUCCAAAGAAAAACCCAGAUCUGCCUGUAUCGUAGCUUAGUCUUGAAACUGAAUACAAUACGUGUCGAUUCUCAUUUACUCUUGGUCGGUCACCCUCAAACUUGGUUAUCGCUUCCUCUUCUGUUUUUGCUUGGCUGUGAAUGUGUUUGUUCAACUUUCGCCAUCGUCUUGCCAGCUUGCUUGGUUGGAAAUCAAAUGCAGCAGUUGCUUUCACAGGGCAUUCUUUUAGUGAGUUUGGUCUUGAAGUUAGCAGGUCGGACUUCUCCUGGGCGUUGUCGGAUGCUGGAUCUCCAUCCUGCACUGUGUUUUCUCAAGCGAAUUGAUGCUGAAAUUGAAAGAAUUCAAGAUGAGAUGCAGAAGUCAUUGGAUGUCUUGGUGUAGUUGCUCAGAAAAUGUGGAGAGAUGCGUUUCCGACAAAAGCCCAUCAGCACUGACUGCCUCACCUCCGAGGCAUUUUCACCUUUUGGUUUAUCUUGCUCACUUUGCCGAUGUUUCCGGUCAGAUUUUUGCCUUGUUAAUUUUCUUUUAGGAAGUGAUAGAAUGUAGAGCUGAUUGUAAAGGAAUGUUAUUGUCUUUGGUUAGUUCGAUACAGAAACUGUGGAUCAUCUCCUGUAUCUAAAGAUGGAAUCAAAAGCAUACAUUAAAACAAUGCAAUCAAAAUCAUUGUGUA